AUGAACCAUUUCGUUCCAGACUUUGACACCGAAGAUGAUUAUGUCAACGUUAACCCUAAUUCUUCUUCUUCAUCAUCUUUGAAUCUUCCCAGAAAAUCCACCAUGGGGGAAGAAGAUGAUCUCAUGGAGCUUCUAUGGCACAACGGUCAAGUAGUUGUCCAAAAUCAGAGGCUCGGCAACAACCCCAAGAAAUCUUCUUCUUCUUCUCUCAAGCUUCACGGCGGAGGAGAUGCUGCUCCGCCGCCUCCUCUGCAACAACAACAACAGCCGCAGCAGCCAUUAGAGGAGAACCUUUUCAUCCAGGAAGACGAAAUGACUUCAUGGCUUCAGUAUCCUCUACGCGAGGAUGAUUUCUGCUCAGAUCUUCUCUUCUCCGCCUCCGCAUCUGCACCUAGUGCUCCGACGACGACUCAAGCCACCGCAGCGAGACCGCCUACACCGUCAGCGAGGCCGCCAAUACCGUCGGAAAGGCCGGCGGUGCGGAAUUUCAUGAAUUUCUCAAGGCUGAGAGGCAAUUCCACCGGUCGAUUUGAAUCUGGACAGUCGCUUUCGAAGGCGAUAGUGAGAGAAUCGACACAAGUAAGCCCUACCGCCACACCGUCGGCGGCGGCGAACGAAUCCGGUCUACCGGAGCGGACGGAUGGCAUAGACAGUAGUGGAGUGACGACGGUUAAUUGCGGAUCCAGCUCCGGCGUGGCGUACAAUUUGGCAGCUCCCGGAAACAGUCGGAAGGGAAAAGCAGUGGCGACGGCGAGUGAAGUUCCCGGUGCUUGGUCUUCUGCAAUGUCAAAGAGCGAAACCGAGCCGGUGAUUGUACAACCAAAGACGGGGAUUACGACCGCCGAUGAUAGGAAACGAAAAGAGAGAGAAGCCGCCAUUGACGAGACCGAGGAAACAAAACAAGGACGUGGAGCAACAACAACAACAUCUACCAAGAGAUCUCGAGCUGCAGAAGUUCAUAAUCUCUCAGAAAGGAAACGGAGAGAUAGGAUCAACGAGAGGAUGAAAGCUCUGCAGGAACUCAUUCCUCGCUGCAACAAGUCUGACAAAGCUUCAAUGCUUGAUGAAGCCAUUGAGUACAUGAAAUCUCUCCAGCUUCAAAUCCAGAUGAUGUCAAUGGGAUGCGGAAUGAUGCCAAUGAUGUAUGCUGGUAUGCAACAAUACAUGCCUCACAUGGCGAUGGGGAUGGGGAUGGGGAUGGGUAUGAACGGACCUCCUCCUCCGUUCAUGCCAUUCCCCAACAUGGUAGCAGCUCAAAGACCUUUGCCUCCACAAACUCAUAUGAGCAGUGUUUCUGAUCCAUCAAGAGUCUAUCUGCCAAACCAGCAGUUUGAUCCAACAUCGAGCCAGCCUCAGUAUCCACAUUACAUGGAUCCGUAUCAGCAGUUCCGCAGUAUCCACCCGGCCCAGCAACCUCAGUUUCAGAGUCAAGCAACAUCGUACCCGAGCUCGAGCAGGGUAAGUAGUAGCAAGGAAUCAGAGGAUCAUGGAAACCGCACAACAGUCGCCGGUGAAAAGUCUCAUCCUUUUUGGGGAUUUUCCCUCACCGCCGUCCAAAUCUCCGUCCUUGUAGUCCACCGGUAUUUCCUUCUUCUUUCUUCUUCUUCUCCGACGAGCUUUACCGCCUCGGUUUUCUCGGAGAUACUUGCAAUGGGAGACGAGAAGCCGCCGAUUGUUAUGGCCAAUCGAGAAAGAGAUCGAGAGCUUCUGAUUCCCGUCGCUGAUUCCGGCGAGAAAGACGACGGUUCUACUUCGAAACCGUCUUCCUCUUCUUCCUCUUCUUCGCAUCAGGCCAGCCACGAGACUUUAAGCUUGUUCAUCAGGGGAUGGGCGUCGAAGAAGUUCAUGACUGGCUGUGUUAUCCUCCUUCCUAUUGCGAUUACGUUCUAUAUAACAUGGUGGUUUAUUCACUUUGUUGAUGGAUUCUUCUCUCCGAUAUAUGCGCAACUCGGAAUCAACAUAUUUGGGUUCGGUUUCUUGACUUCCAUCGCAUUCAUCUUCUUGGUGGGUGUGUUCAUGUCUUCGUGGUUGGGAGCAUCGGUUUUGAACCUGGGAGAGUGGUUUAUCAAGCGGAUGCCAUUUGUUCGUCACAUCUACAACGCCUCCAAGCAAAUCAGCACUGCCAUAUCUCCUGAUCAAAAUACACAAGCUUUCAAGGAAGUUGCAAUCAUCAGGCAUCCACGCAUUGGCGAAUACGCAUUUGGGUUUAUCACAUCGACUGUUGUUCUCCAGAAUUACCCAACGGAGGAGGAACUUUGCUGUGUAUACGUUCCCACGAACCACCUAUACAUCGGAGAUAUACUACUUGUCAACAGUAAUGACGUGAUCAGGCCAAAUCUCUCGGUCCGGGAAGGAAUAGAGAUUGUUGUCUCCGGUGGAAUGUCAAUGCCACAAAUUCUAUCGACCCUAGAUAAACCGUUGGCCUCCAUCGACAGAGCUACAAGCUUAUAG